AUGCCGAAGCGUAGAUGGCAUCCAUGCAUGGGUUCAGAUCCCACCGAAGCUAUUCACAAUCUCGACAUGGAAAAUACAAAUCUGCCAAACAACAAUUUGAGCAAAGAAAGUUUGGACUACACUACAAUUGUUUAUCCUGGUGUAAUCAAGAAGGAUAGAUUCUGUGUUUGUGAUAGUGCCACACGACACGAAGGAACUGAGCAAAUAUAA